AUGGUCGACUUGGAAAGUUUUCUAUUGGUGUUCGUCUACUAUUAUGGCCAUGCCAUCGGUGUUAGUAACUUUGAGUUCAACUGGCAAACUGGUCGUGUUUUUACUGCCACAAGGAGUACAUUCUAUGCAAUUGCUAUUAAUUGUGUUCUGUUUACUCUAUUUAUUUAUCACUGGACCGAGUAUUGGAACAUAAUUAAUUUCAUCUUCGGAAAAUCAACCAAGCUGCAUGAAUAUGUCAUCGUCAUUAUGACGUGCCUAAGGAUAGUUAUAGGGCUGUUUACGUUGAUCCACAGAUGGUAUCAGCGCUGCAAGAUGAUGGACCUGACGAGAAUGGUGGUUCGGGUAUUUGUUGCCAGACCGCAGGCGAAAAGGUUGUCCCGCUGGCGUAUUCUCACCAAGUUUCUCUCUGGUACUAUGACCGAUAUCCUCCAAAUGUCGGUCUUAUUGGAUGCAAUGGGUCGCGUGGGCUCCCAGUUCGACUCGGGAAUGGGCCUGCAAUACUGGACGGCGGCUAUCCUGAAUCUGGCCGUGUCGCAGCAUUAUCUUAUAUUGAUUUUUGUUCGGGCGCAGUAUCAGCUACUCAACACGGAACUCCGCCAGGUGAUCGAAGAGUCCAAGGAGUUAAGUUGGAAUCCACCAAGGCAGGGGGUUUUCAUGACCAGAUGUUGCUCCCUGGCGGAUCAGCUGGAUGACUUGGCCAUGCUUCAGAGUCAGCUGCAGGCGAUUGUGAAUCGGGUGGAAGAAGUAUUCGGCGUGCAGGGGGCCUUGGUCUAUGCGGGCUACUACCUGUCCUCGGUAUCCAGCGUUUACCUGACCUACAGCAUCCUUACAUAUGGCUACGACAAUAUGAACAUGACUCUGACCUCUAUGAUGCUGUCUUCAGCUUGGUACUUUUUUUACUACUUCGAUGGUAUGCUCAAUAUGUCCAGUAUGCUGUACGUUCAGGACGAUCAAGCGGAAAUGCUCCGUCUACUGGACCAUCGAACCCUAUUUGCACCCGGAUUAGAUAUUCGUCUCGAGGAAGCCCUCGAAAGCCUCCACCUUCAGCUGAUUCGGAACCCCCUUAAAAUUGAUGUAUUGAAAAUGUAUUACGUUACUCGCGGAACUACCAUGGCCAUGCUUGGGAACAUAAUAACUCAUUCUGUUCUCCUAAUUCAAUAUGAUAUGGAGAACUAUCAAUAA